AUGGAGAAUGAAAAAGAAAGACAAAAAGCUGAAUACGAAACUUCAAGGAAUGAAUUAAAAAAUCUUUUGGCUCAAUUUGGUACAAAAGCAAAAGUUGCAGAUGAACUAGAGAAAGAUGUAUCUAAACUUCAUGGUAGUAUAGAAAGUUUGUUAGAAAAAGUUCAAGGCAAAGCUAAUAAGAACAGCGACAACCUAAUAGACUUGUAA